CAAAUAACAGUUAACAUUGGCAAAAUGAAAUUCUUGGUUGUUUGCUUGUUCGCCUUGUUGGCCCUCGGUAUGGCCAAAGAAGACAAGAGAGAUAAACGUUCCUUUGCCGGUUACGGUGGAUUCGGUGGAUAUGGUGCCACAUCAUACGGUGCUCCAGCCAUCAGUAGCUAUGCUGCCGCUCCAGUCGCUGUCGCUCAAACCGUCGGAAUCAACCAACACACCCACACUCACACAGUCCAAAAAGUUAGUGUUCCAGUCCCAUACCCAGUUGACCGCACUGUCGUCCAAACUGUCCCAAUCGACCGUCCAGUUCCACAACCUUACCCAGUUCACGUUGUGAAACACGUCCCACAACCAUACACAGUUGACCGUCCAGUACCACAACCAUACCCAGUUCAUGUCCCAGUUCCAGUUGCCAAGCCAUACGCUGUUCCAGUUGACCGUGUCCAAACUAUUAUACAAAAGGUCGCUGUACCACACCCAGUUGCUGUUGAUCGUCCAGUACCAGUUCCAUACCCAGUUGCUGCCGCUCCAGCCAUCGGCACCUACUCUGGCUGGAACAGAUGGUAAAUUGGAAAUUGAC